AUCUGACCCACUGACAGUGAGAGAGGAAACUUUGGGCUGUCAAAAGAUCAGAAGAGCUCCAGAAAGCCCUUCACGUCAUAUAUGAGCUCCGUUUAUCCCGCUUAUAAGUGCCUCAGCUGUGAAUGAAUCGCGCGUGCCUCUGCUUUUAAAACGAGCAAAAUGUCAGGGAACCCGAAAUUUGUGAGUCCUUUCCACAGACCCCACUGUCUAUCCGCCGCUGCCCCCGCCGGCCAAACUAAACUCACCCACCCUGGAAAAGCUAUUUUAGCAGGUGGACUUGCCGGUGGCAUUGAAAUCUGCAUCACGUUCCCUACAGAAUAUGUGAAAACUCAGCUACAGUUAGAUGAAAAGGCCAAUCCACCUCGAUACAGAGGAAUCGUUGAUUGUGUAAAGCAGACGGUACAGGGUCAUGGGGUGAAGGGUCUGUACAGGGGGCUGAGCUCUCUCCUCUAUGGCUCCAUUCCCAAAGCUGCAGUGAGGUUUGGGAUGUUUGAGUUUCUUAGUAACAAAAUGAGGGAUGAAUCUGGGAAGUUGGACAGCACACGUGGUUUGAUCUGCGGGCUGGGUGCAGGUGUGGCUGAAGCUGUAGUUGUUGUGUGUCCUAUGGAGACUAUAAAGGUCAAAUUUAUCCACGAUCAAUCCUCAGCAAACCCAAAGUACAGAGGCUUUUUCCACGGUGUGAGAGAAAUAGUCCGAACACAAGGACUCAAAGGAACAUAUCAGGGUUUAACAGCUACUGUACUAAAGCAAGGCUCCAACCAGGCCAUACGAUUUUAUGUCAUGACCUCGCUGAGAAACUGGUACAAAGGUGAUAACCCCAAUAAGAAUAUUAAUCCUCUUAUAACCGGAGUGUUUGGAGCUGUUGCGGGAGCAGCGAGUGUGUUUGGAAAUACGCCGCUGGAUGUGAUCAAAACAAGAAUGCAGGGAUUAGAAGCUCACAAAUAUAAGAGCACCAUUGACUGUGCCGUCAAGAUCAUGAGACACGAGGGACCAGCCGCAUUCUACAAAGGCACGGUGCCCAGAUUAGGCCGUGUGUGUUUGGACGUGGCUAUAGUGUUUAUAAUCUAUGAUGAAGUGGUUAAAGUUCUCAACAAGGUUUGGAAGACCGAUUAAUGAUGUUGAUCAAACAUAGUGAUGGGCGAAGUCUGCCCCUCAUGACAUCAUGCUGGUGUGACGACCGGGAACAUUUACACAGGGGCCAAAAUAUUGACAACAACCAAUUGAGUCACUGGAAUGUGCUUAAUUUUCAGUUUAUUCAAGACCCCAACUAAUGUGAGAAAUACACCUAAUACUUGAACAUUAGAUUUAUGAUAAAUAGGAUUUUUUCAGCUCAAGUACCAAUUUUAAAGAUAGAUUUAUUUAAUGAAUAGGGAUAACUUAAUCUUUGGGGAAGCAAAUGGAUUUUAUAAAGCAUUUUAGUGUUGCAGAAAUUUUCUUUUUACUUUUUAAUAAUAAUUUGUUUCUAAAGUGCAAUUCACUCAUUGCAAACAUUCCGGUUUCUUAUUUUCUUUACCUCUAAUGAGUGGGUAAAAUUCACCAUAAAAAUAAAAAAUAGAAACGCUGUGCAUCUUAAAAAAAUACCUCGGAUGAUCUAAAGAAGUCAAGUUAUAAAUAAUAGUUUUAUAACCUAUAGUGGUACAUAUAACACAUGCACUUUCAGAUUUGGUAGUAAUCCAGGUUGAAUGAUUAUUUUAAGUGCCUAUAUUAAUAUAGUUUUUUUCUUUGUUGAUUAUACUUGUUUACAUUAAGUAAUUGCCAUAAAUUGCAUUUAAUUAUUUCCUGCUGUAAUAGCAUUUCCUAAUGACUUUAAUAUAUGAUUGUGUCUGAAAUUUUGCUCUGUUUUGGGCUGGAUUUGAAUACAUGUUUUAAUACUUGUAUGUGCAUAACCACUUAACCCAUAUACUAUAGAAACUCAAGUGAUUUUUACUUAAGGGAGCGUCACCAAAGAGACAGAUUACUCUAUAAUGGUAAAUAUAAUGUUUACUUAUUUGGCCUUAACUAAAUGUACAGUAGUUAAUAAUGUUAAAAGGGUCAACAAAUGUGACCAAUGCUGUUUACUAAAUGCCUUAAAUAUGAUUCACAUGAUGUUUUUAUGUUCCACGGUCUCAUGCUGUCCUACCUCAAAUAUUUAAAAAUAAGUGACUACAUUAAAAUCUCACUAAAUCUUUGAGGGAAAAGUAACACGAUAUAAAAAUAACAUAUAAUGGAUGACAUUUUAAGAAGCGAAUGUCUACUUUUCAUCAUUGCAAUGUAAACCAUAAUGUAAACAUUUCAUAUUUUACAAGUAUGUUAACUUAUGAUAUGCAGUAGUUUUAUAGGUUAAAAGUAUCCAGGUGAGGGAACAGCUAAUAAUGUGUGCUGUUUACCUUUACCAUGCAUCAUGUGUGGUGGUUAUGGGAUCAUAAAAGUCUUUAUUUUGCAGUAUCCAUCAGACUUCUGUUCAUUGUGUUGUUGCCAAAUCAGAUGUAAUGUAUGUAUAUGCUUUUGUAAACGCAGCUGACCCAUGUUGGGAUGGAGAACAAUACCAGAUGUUAACAUAGGAUUUUAUUUUGUGUUUCUGACAUCAGAGUGCAUUCCAGAUGUGUGACCUUAAACAUGCAUUAAUUGACAUGUUUACAAGAAAUUAAAUCUGAGGACAGAUGUAAUGUUUAAGCAUAUUGUGCCUUCAGAUCAUGUUCUCAUUUGGAAUAAAUGAUGCUGACUGUGUAAAA